GGGGCUGGUUUAGACCAGCAGGAAGUCCGGUGUCCACGAUGGCUCUGUUGCCGAAGAUCCUGUAGUUGCGGUCCUUAGCUAGACCCUGGUGGGCCACUCCCUUAGUCUAGUUCUGGCCCCGGGCCUGGCCAGCACGCUUAGGGGGAGACUGAAGCGGCGACUCUGCCCGCCGCCAUGCACGACGCCUUCGAGCCGGUGCCGAUCUUAGAAAAGCUGCCUUUGCAGAUCGACUGUCUGGCCGCCUGGGAGGAAUGGCUUCUUGUUGGAACCAAACAAGGACAUCUUCUUCUGUAUAGGAUUCGGAAGGAUGUUGGCUGCAACAGGUUUGAAGUGACACUAGAGAAAUCCAAUAAGAACUUCUCCAAAAAGAUUCAGCAGAUCCAUGUGGUUUCCCAGUUUAAGAUUUUGGUCAGCUUGUUAGAAAAUAAUAUUUAUGUCCAUGACUUAUUGACAUUUCAACAAAUUACUACGGUUUCAAAGGCAAAGGGAGCAUCGCUGUUCACAUGUGACCUCCAGCACACAGAGACUGGUGAGGAGGUGUUGCGGAUGUGUGUGGCUGUGAAAAAGAAGCUGCAGCUCUAUUUCUGGAAGGACAGGGAAUUUCAUGAAUUGCAGGGGGACUUUAAUGUACCAGAUGUUCCCAAAUCCAUGGCAUGGUGUGAAAAUUCUAUCUGUGUGGGUUUCAAGAGAGACUACUACCUAAUAAGGGUGGACGGAAAGGGGUCCAUCAAAGAGCUCUUUCCAACAGGAAAACAACUGGAGCCCUUAGUUGCACCUCUGGCAGAUGGAAAAGUGGCCGUGGGUCAGGAUGAUCUCACCGUGGUGCUCAAUGAAGAGGGGAUCUGCACACAGAAAUGUGCCCUGAACUGGACAGACAUACCAGUGGCCAUGGAGCACCAGCCUCCUUACAUCAUUGCAGUGUUGCCUCGAUAUGUGGAGAUCCGAACAUUUGAGCCGAGGCUUCUGGUCCAGAGCAUUGAAUUGCAAAGGCCCCGUUUCAUUACCUCGGGAGGAUCAAACAUUAUUUACGUGGCCAGCAAUCAUUUUGUUUGGAGACUCAUUCCUGUCCCCAUGGCAACCCAAAUCCAACAGCUUCUCCAGGACAAGCAGUUUGAAUUGGCUUUGCAGCUUGCAGAAAUGAAAGAUGAUUCUGACAGUGAAAAGCAACAGCAGAUCCAUCAUAUCAAGAACUUGUACGCCUUCAACCUCUUCUGCCAGAAGCGUUUUGAUGAGUCCAUGCAGGUCUUUGCAAAGCUUGGCACAGAUCCCACCCAUGUGAUGGGCCUGUACCCUGACCUGUUGCCCACAGACUACAGGAAGCAACUGCAGUAUCCUAACCCUCUGCCUGGGCUCUCCGGGGCUGAAUUGGAGAAGGCUCACUUAGCUCUCAUUGACUACUUGACACAGAAACGAAGCCAAUUGGUAAAGAAGCUGAAUGACUCUGAUCACCAGUCUAGUACCUCCCCACUCAUGGAAGGCACUCCCACCAUCAAGUCCAAGAAGAAGCUCUUGCAAAUUAUUGACACCACCCUGCUCAAAUGCUACCUCCAUACGAACGUGGCCCUGGUGGCCCCCUUGCUGCGCCUGGAGAACAAUCACUGCCAUAUCGAAGAGAGUGAACAUGUGCUGAAGAAGGCUCACAAGUACAGUGAACUGAUAAUCCUGUACGAGAAGAAGGGGCUCCAUGAGAAAGCUCUGCAGGUGCUGGUGGACCAGUCCAAGAAAGCAAACUCCCCUCUGAAAGGCCAUGAGAGGACGGUGCAGUACCUGCAACAUCUGGGCACAGAAAACCUGCAUUUGAUUUUUUCCUACUCAGUGUGGGUACUGAGAGACUUUCCAGAGGAUGGCCUAAAGAUAUUUACUGAAGACCUCCCAGAGGUGGAGUCUCUGCCACGAGACCGAGUGCUUGGCUUCUUAGUAGAGAAUUUUAAGAGUCUGGCUAUUCCUUAUCUGGAACACGUCAUUCACGUUUGGGAGGAGACGGGCUCUCGGUUCCACAACUGCCUGAUCCAGCUGUACUGUGAGAAGGUGCAAGGUCUGAUGAAGGAGUAUCUCCUGUCCUUCCCUGCAGGCAAAACUCCAGUCCCUGCUGGAGAGGAAGAGGGCGAGCUGGGAGAAUAUCGACGGAAGCUCCUUAUGUUUUUGGAAAUUUCCAGCUACUAUGACCCAGGCCGGCUCAUCUGUGAUUUUCCUUUUGAUGGUCUCUUAGAAGAACGUGCUCUUCUGCUGGGACACAUGGGGAAACACGAACAAGCUCUCUUCAUCUAUGUCCACAUCCUGAAGGAUACAAAGAUGGCCGAGGAGUACUGCCACAAGCAUUAUGACCAAAACAAAGAUGGCAACAAAGAUGUGUAUCUGUCCCUGCUCCGGAUGUAUCUAUCGCCCCCCAGUGUUCACUGCCUGGGGCCAAUCAAACUGGAACCGCUGGAGCCACAAGCCAACCUCCAGGCUGCCCUGCAGGUCCUUGAGCUACACCACAGCAAACUGGACACCACCAAGGCCCUCAACCUUCUGCCAGCAAACACUCAGAUUAAUGACAUACGCAUCUUUCUGGAAAAAGUCUUGGAAGAAAAUGCGCAAAAGAAACGCUUCAAUCAAGUGCUCAAGAACCUUCUCCAUGCAGAGUUCCUGAGGGUCCAGGAAAAAAUGAAGUGCAUCAUCACGGAGGAGAAGGUGUGCAUGGUGUGUAAGAAGAAGAUUGGGAACAGUGCAUUUGCAAGAUACCCCAAUGGAGUGGUCGUGCACUACUUCUGUUCCAAAGAGGUGAACCCGGCGGACACCUGAGCCCAGCAUGCCCAGGAUUCAGCAGAUGGACAGCUCGGCCAUCCCAGAGAGGGGAAAAGGCACCCACCUUAGGAAUCAGGGCUGUUGCCACCACCGGGUAUCUCCCCAUUUGGACACUACUGGCUAUCUUGCGCCCUGGAACAUCUCUGAAUUUCUCAGACUUGUGAUUUGGUGUCACUGGCUUUUUAAUAGAAAAAGAGAUUAGUUAUACUUUAUAUACCAUUAUGUUGCAGGCAAUUCCAGAGAAUUUAAUACCUGCUUGGAUAGGAGGAGGUAGCGAUGGGCACCGUCUUGCCUUUGCAUACCAAUCACUUGAAUAAGGAAACUGUGUCAAGCUUUUGUAACCCCAGGGUUGUUUAUUCAGUUUUCUAUUAAGACACACACAGGACUUUACAAGAAGCCCUCAGCACAGCUGGUGGAGUCCAUGAGAAGAGAGUAAUACGAGAGCUUCUCUAGCUGCAAAGGUCAAAUGCUGGUUCCGUAGGUAAUGACAGUCAUUUUUCCAUGGUUACUGUAACCUGUGUUCUCCCAAGAACCUCCCCACUCAUCUCUUUAUUUUCCUGUCUCCUUUUCUUUCUCACUAAUUUCUUCCUGUAUCUCUCCCCUCACUGCUCCACCUUGGCUUUGUUUCCCAUUUUCCUGAUACCAUGAAUUAGUAAUAUUUAAGGCAAAGCAAGAAGCAAGAGGAAGUCCCAUUUUCUAGGAAUACAUUGAUAACCGAUUGUCAGGUAUGUUGUAAAUAGAUCCUCCUUGAACUGUCUGCUCUAUGCCUCGAAGCCUAGGAGAGCGUCAUUCUCAGCCUAAGAAAGGCCCUGUGCACCUCCCCUCUGGGCCAAGUGUGACACUAGCUCUAAGGAUGGACAGCACCAUACUGGGUGUAUGACCUCUUAGGCAGCUGCCUGCAGAGGCUCCUGCUCCUGGUUCACCCACCAGCCACCCAGGGCAUUUUGGUUUAGCCUUUGUGAGCGCUUUGUUUUUGUAGCCAGUGUCAUCCACUUAACUUACAGCUUGGCCUGGCUGUCAUUCUCCAGCUUUGUUUUGCGGAGGUUGGAGGAUCGUGCUGGGAUUUUGUAGGUAGCUGGAUCUCUGCUACACACAGGGAAUGGUCAGGUCAGGCACUGACAUGUUGUCAAGCAUACUCGUGAGGUAUUCGUGACAGUGAGAGUGCUGCAGGAGGCAGGAACAGCAGCACAUGGGUUUAUAAAGACCUCACUGCUAAAUCCGCUGACACUGUGUGUGUGGUGUGGGAGACCCCGCCUGCCACAGAGCACCCUAGAGACACGUAGGAGGAGCGUUUAGCACUGCAGGUUGAGGACAGGCGGCGAGAGUGGCCCUGCAGAGGUCCUCCUUGGGAUUUUGCAGACUUGCAGUCUUAUUGCCUCAGUGUCUUUAAUGGUAGUGAGGGUGAGUAACGGUGCCCAACAUUGACACUGUUUUAGUGGACUGUGACAUGAUGUGAUCCUUUUUAAACUGCAGUGCUGUGCUGUAGACUAACUUGCUGGUAGACUAGGCUUCUCUGUGGAAGAUCUGAAGGGACAGAAGGAGUACCAUCAGCACCUGUUCAUGGAGAUGGGGGAUUCUGCUCAGGUUUUGGAGGCCGAGCAGUGCUUUACAAGAGCCACCAUCUUAGCUGGCCAUACCCGCCCACUAGAAGCAGUGUUGCUCUUGGCCCAGUUUGUGCCAGCUCGGACCAAACUUCUUCUGGGAGUAGCCAGAAAAUCUCUGACUGGCCCUCCACCGUGCAGCAGAAACACUCCACCACGCAAGCCUUGCUUUCCGGCCUGUUAUGUUUGUAUCUCCCAUUUUCACUACCUGUGUGGCACAUCAAUUUGAAGCAAUAGAAUAAAGUAUGCGUGUUUUCUUCCCUUCUGGAAUACAUAAACAGCCCAGUUUUCUUGAAUUCCAGUCUUCCUUCCCUAGACUAUCUUUGCCCUCUGUGGUGAUGUAGAGAAGGCUGGAGAUGAAAGUCUGUAAUGAGGACUAAUGAAGAUCUCUUAUAAUAAACAUCAUAAAGUAAGAAA